AUGUCGUUUCGUGGAGGUGGCCGUGGCGGUUUCGCCUCAGGCGCCAACCGUGGUGGAAACUUUGGUGGACGUGGUGGCCGCGGAGGAUUCCAAGCACAAACUGGGCCUCCAGCACAGGUUCUGGAGAUGGGAACUUUCAUGCACGCUUGCGAGGGCGAGAUGACUUACCCUUCACCUCUUGUCGCAAACCGAGUGACUGACCCUCUUCAUCAGACCCCUAUUGGCAAGGUCGACGAAGUUCUCGGGCCCAUCAACCAGGUCUACUUCACCAUCAAGCCUCAAGAGGGCAUUGUCGCGACAUCCUUCAAGCCUGGCGACAAGGUCUACAUCGGAGGAGAUAAGCUUCUUCCGCUUGAGAAGUUCCUUCCCAAGCCUAAGCCCCCUCCGGGCCCGAAACCGAAGAAGGCCGCCGGUGGCCGAGGUGGUCGCGGAGGCGCCAGAGGUGGACGUGGUGCACCUCGUGGUGGCCGAGGCGGCGCCCCCCGAGGACGUGGAGGACCUAGGGGAGGUGGUUUUGGUGGAGGCGGCUUCCGUGGUGGGAGCAGAGGUGGUGGCAGAGGAGGACCCCGUGGUGGUAGUGGAGGUUUCCGACGAUAG